AUGGCGAACAAGUUUCCGGAUGAGAUUGAAAAAUUAUUAUCUGAAGCACGUAUACCAUUGGAAACAUUAAAACCAUUAUAUUAUGAAAUAAAAAUUGGUACCUCAUUUCCUGAUGAAUCAACUCGUUUGCUUGAAGCAAAUAAUCAAAUUUUGAAUGAAUUAGAUACAGCAAAAAGACUUAUACUGCGCGGAACAGCCGACGAUUUUGCUGUGCUAUGCACGACAGAUGGUACUUUCGAGCUUAAAUCAGCUGAAACAUCAAAUACAAUUUUGUUAGCAAAUCAAAUAAAAGAAAACAAGAAUGAAGAUGAAAACAAAGAAAAUGGAUGUGUGAAUUUGCAAGUCAAUUCGAUUGUGCACAGCAAAUUUGAAUUAAUCCGUUGUGUGCCAAAACUAAGACGAAUACGAACUUUAUUAGAGAAAAAUCCAUAUUGUGGUCAAUUUGAUGACGAUGAAAAUGUUACAAAGAUUACAUUUGAUGACUUAAAGAAUGAAAUUCAAGCUUCUGACAAAGAUAUAACAAAUUAUUUGAAAAAACUUAAUGUUGUUACAGUCGAUGGUUCUCUACGUAUGUUGGACUUCGAUUAUUGUACAAAACUAAUUGAAUACUUACUAUCGUUAAUUUCAAUCAAAGAAUGGUUGUUUGAAGAAAUUCCAAUUGUCGACGCCGCCAGUGAAAUGAAUUCAAUAUGUCCCAAAAAUAUAGCUAAACAAGCAAUUCAGCAAAUGGGAUCAGUAUCCCAGGACGGUCGUUCAAUAAAUCUGGAUAAAGUGGCUAUAUGUAAGCAUUAUGCGCUUGAUUUAUUAAAAAACCUUGAGAAAAUGAAAUUAGAUGAAUUCAUGACGUGCUGGAGCGAAUGUGUACCAGACGGUUUCGUUGUUAAUAUUGAUCAGUUAAAAGGUCUGGUUAUUAUUACGGAUAACACAAUUACCUAUACUGAUGCGGAUUUACUAAGUGAAAAUGUUGAUGAACGAUUUAAAACUUUGUUUAGUAAAAAAGAUGUCUGGUCAUUAGACGAAUUAGAACCAUUUCUAAUAAAUCUCACAACAUCAACUAAUGAAUUUAAUUCUUUACUUUUUACGCAUACAAGAAGUUAUAUAAAAAAUGGAAAAAAAUUUUUUGUUCCAAAAUAUCCAAAUACGAAUUAA